AUGAGGGACAAGUCCUCACAAAGACUACAGCAAAAAAUAGAGGAAUCCCUGGUAACUUUAGAGUACGAGAGACUCGAGAAACAUUACAGAAAAUGCAAAAGACUCUCACAUGAGGAGAAGGACUGCUCUGAAACAAGAGUAGCCCCAAAAAUCAAGAGAAGAGAAAACUCACCUCUGCUUAGACAUAGAGCAUCUCCUCCCAGACCUCAAGACAACAGAAAAUACUACAAAUCUCCUGAACCACAAGUUGACUUUCACUUCCGACAAGAUAAACACGGAAGAGCUUAUGGAGAUAGGAUUUUCUCUAGGAACCUAAGCAAGGAAAGAACUCAUGAGGUCAAUCAAAAAGACCAACAAAGGAAUGAUCAACACUAUCAACACUUGGGAGGAGGGAAAGAAAUUGUAUCACCUUCCUACAAUAGAAACAAGGCCAGCAUGGAAUCCAACUCAAGAGGUCACAUACCUAACUUGAGACAUCAACUCAACCUCAGGGCUAGGCAAGGCUCCUAUCAAUCCCCGCAGCUUCAAUGGAGAGAAAAGGAACCAUCUACUGAAAGCCUCAGACAGAUCAUCUCUGACUCCACAUACAGUAGAAAGACCCCCUUGGAAAGGAAUCUUGAGAAAGAAAUUGCAAACAUCCGAGCUGUAGCAGAAUCCUCUUACCAUGCAACAACCACCAAUGUUGGGAUCUUAGGGAAGGCUGUAAUGCCUACAGUUCUACCCCAGCUGAUUAUCUCGAGUACAGAGCUCCCUGAGGCAUCAAAAAAGUGUAGAGGCAGACCUCCAAAGAAAGACAACAGUCCAUGUAUGCUCCCUAGAGCAAAUUCAAAGAAAAUGAGAUUGUGUCAUGUGCAAAGUUCACCCAGAAGAAGAAACUUGGAUAAUAACCAACAAACUGUCCCUCAAUUAGAGGAGAACCCUACCGGUAUGAGAAGGGAACCAACAGACCAGAGGAACAUUUCUUUUGGAAGUCACCUGCCAACACAACAACACUCAGGUAACUUUCUCUCCUGGAGAGGAGUUAGAAACCACCACACAAUCCUCAGCACACUGGAUAGAGCAAUGGCUAAUUGUGCUUGGAUGGAAAAAUAUCCAGCUGCUAGAAGUGAAUAUCACAAGUUUGAGGGAUCAGACCAUAGGCCUAUUACGACUUUCUUCUCCUCAAAUAUCCAAAAAGGUACUUUUGGUUUGAUAAAAGACUCACAAAUAAUGAAGAAGUCAAGAAAUUGA